GCGCAGAGAUACAGCUGCAUCUUCACAUGCAGUUACAGCAAAACUCAAUGAAUGACAGACAAGUAUAGCAGUGAACCUGCCUGCAGCCUUUCUGCACGGCACAAGCCUUGGAUGAUUUCUUUCAUAGAAACAUCUGACAGAUGAUUCGCUCUUUUUAUUUUAAAUAUCUUACAGCUUAGUAAGAUUUCCACCAUGGUGCUCGGAAAGGUGAAAAACUUCUUUGUCAGCUACGACUGUCUCAAUGACAGUAAUGUCCCUGUCUUUGCCAGUGGGGACGUUGUCUCGGGUCGGGUGAUCAUUGAAGUUACCGGAGAAAUUCGCGUGAAAUCUCUGAACAUUCACGCCAAGGGACUGGCGAAAGUUCGCUGGACUGAAUCACGUAAUGCUGGAUCCAACACUGCCUACACACAGAAUUUCACUGAAGAAGUGGAGUAUUUAAACCACAGAGACGUCCUUAUUGGACAUGAUAGAGAUGAUGAAAGCUGUGACGAGGGCUUCACCGUUCUUCACUCAGGGCGACACGAGUUUCUCUUCAGCCUCGAACUGCCCCAGACGCCUUUGGCGACAUCCUUUGAAGGCAAACACGGCAGCGUACGGUACUGGUUGAAGGCGGAGCUUCAUAGGCCAUGGCUCCUGCCCAUGAAAACCAAGAAGGAGUUCACCGUCUUUGAGCACAUUGACAUCAACACUCCAUUGUUACUGUCUCCUCAGGCUGGCACAAAGGACAAAACCCUUUGCUGCUGGUUCUGCACCUCAGGGCCUGUAUCACUAAGUGCCAAAAUCGAGAGGAAGGGCUACACUCCAGGAGAGUCCAUCCAGAUCUUCGCAGAGAUUGAAAACUGCUCUUCCCGUGUGGUCGUGCCAAAGGCAGCCAUCUACCAAACCCAGACCUUCUUUGCCAAAGGGAAGGUCAAGGAGAUCAAACAACUCGUAGCUAACCUCCGUGGAGAUCCUCUACCCCCUGGCAAGAGCGAGACUUGGGACGGCAAGAUGCUGAAGAUCCCACCCAUUUCGCCUUCCAUUCUGGACUGCAGCAUCAUCCAUGUGGAAUAUUCACUCAUGGUGUAUGUGGACAUCCCUCGAGCUGUCAACUUAACCCUGAACCUGCCCUUGGUGAUCGGCACCAUUCCCCUCCACUCCUUCGGCAGUCGCACCUCUUCUGUCAGCAGUCAGUGCAGCAUGGCUAUGAGCUGGUUGGGAUUGCCUGAGAGACCUGAAGCUCCACCAAGCUACUCUGAAAUCAUCACCAAUGAGGAGCGACAGAACAACUUGGAGCUCCCGGCUGUGAGAGAUGAGAUUGAAGGACCACUUUAUGCUUACAUCCAUGAGUUCCGCUUCCAACCUCCGCCUCUGUAUUCUGAGGUUGAUCCCCAUCCUGAGCAGGUGUGCGGCUCCAUGGACAGGAGACCAGAUACCUGUCCAUCCCGCUGAAGGAGUGACCACGCCUGACCAGUGCUGUCAGGGAUCUCUUAUCUCUACAACCUCAACUGGGGUUUGUUCUUCCUUCAUGAGGAGGCAUGAGUAGCCAUCUUGGUGCGCAGAUGGAUAUCCUCCAGGAAACACUACCAAUCCGAGUCGAGUCCAGCUCAGCGGCCCCUAAAAUCCACUGAAGAUCUUGAGUGAUUCCCCUCCCCCUCCAUCCUUGGUGAAAAGAGUACAUACAAGAUUUGUUUGGAGAAAACUGUGCCCUUGACACCAAGAUGGAUUAAACGCAACACCACUAAGUGUGAGAACAGUGUCCAAACAUCUCCAGCCUUGUUUUGGAUGUGAUUCUUCACUUAUUUGAAUGAUCAGACCGAAUCAUCUUGAAGAUUUUUUGGUGAUCAUUAUUCUAAGAGCAACAAAUAACUCCAACCAUCCUGCAUCCACUCCAACAGAACAAUGACAGACUUGUCAAUUGUUUGUCAUUUCUUGACUUAAAAGAAGUGGCUUUACCACAUUGAUUUUCUUGAAACGUUUUAAGAACGUUGUAAACUGUGGAUACAACAAGACCUGCUGAAAGCAUUAUGGAUGGGAUUCUGACAUGCCACAUUGCCUUUCUGCUAGAAAGAAACUGCGAGAGCAUCAAACUGAACAUGGCACUGAUUCAAGUGGAGAAAGAAAAGAUACCAUUGACGGCAAACGAAGAGGACUGUCAUCGAGAAGCAAGACAUUCUUGAAUUAGUCCUCCCGCUCAUGCUGUUACAAGAUACACAGAGAACUGCACUCCAGAACUCAUUUAGAGCCUCGUACUAUAUGUGCAAAUAAGAGCUAACUAGACUCUUUCUUUUUCCCUACUCUUCUGACUGUGGCCUGUUGGUGUAGGCCUUUUUUUUUUUUUUAGCACUUUUCAUCGAUUGCAUUAAAAGU